UGAAAGAGGAAGGUGGAAGGGGAGGAACCGAGAUAUUCAGGAGGGAUGGGGGAGAAGGAGGGAAGAGGACAGAGAUAAUGGGACAGGUAAUAAAUAGAUGGUCUGGGGAAGAGAGGAACUAUGAAAGAUAGGAAGAGGAGGGAAAGGAUGGAAAAAGUGUGUGUGUGGAUGGAAUAGAAGGGGUGAAGGGGGAAGAACGACCCAUGAGUAGGGAGGGUGGAGGGUAAGCUUAACAAAAUACAAGUGGAAGAGAGAGGGUUAGAGGAGGUAAGAAGAGGAGACCAGAGAGACAGAUCAGAGCAUAUGAUUGGGGGAAAAGCAGGGACAAAGGCUGUAGUAAGAUCCAGGCAAAAGAAAGAGGAGGGGGCAGUAAAGUGGUGAGGGUAUAAGGGCUAAGGAAGAGUGGGAGUUGGAGGGAGCUAGGGAGACAGAGGAAUGAGAAGGGAAGAUAGAGGGACAGAGGUGAGGAGAGGAACCUUGUGCAAAGUAGGAGCUAAUGUGAAGACAAUUUCGACCCUUGCCAUUUAGGGUAUAUAGAGGUUUUAGACAGAGAUAGACUCAUGGAACAGCAGUGUGAUGGGAGUCCUAGGGACUCAAUGUAAAAGAUCAGGAACCGAGGGGGAGAAGCCCCUCUCACAGGUGCCCACCUGAAGGAAUUAAGGUAAAGGAGGAGACCGGGAGUAGGAAGUCCACCUAGUUUGGAGCCCAUCCUAUUUGGAGCCGCUCAGCACACUUUACUAUGGCCGCCACCCUGGAGUCCCCAGAUCAGUCUCCAGCGGAGCAGGAAGGGCUCCUCAUAGUGAAACUAGAAGAGGAUUCCUCCCGGAAACAAGAGUCUUCUCUCUGGGGAGAUGAACUCAAUCUUGAGCUCUCCCGUCAGCGCUUCCGGCAGUUUCAGUAUCAGGAGGUGUCUGGACCCCACCAAGCUUUUAGCCAACUCUGGGAGCUUUGUUGUCGGUGGCUGAGGCCAGAGGUGCGUAUGAAAGAGCAGAUCCUGGAGCUGCUGGUGCUGGAGCAGUUCCUGAAUAUCUUACCCAGGGAGAUCCAAAUCUGGGUUCGAGAGCAUCAUCCAGAGAGUGGUGAGGAGGCUGUGGCUUUGGUGGAGGAUUGGCAGGAAAAUCCCAGGAGACGAGGACAGCAGAUUACUGCCAAUGCGUAUGAACAGGAAGCAGCCUCAAAGGAGUGUAGGCCUUUGGGAGCCUCGAAGGAUUCAGAGAUAGAGCCCAAGGACUGCCGGUCUAAGGAACAAUCCCCAAAGCUGCUGCUACAGAAUUCCUGCCCAAGGCUGCCUGAGCAUCAUCAGACACUCAAGGAGGAGCCACGGCGUCUUAAAGAGAAUGCUGUUCUUGCUCCCCGGGUUCCUACCUUGCCUAAGAUGGGUAGUGUCAGUGACUGGGAAAUGGCAGCUGAGUCCCAGGGGUCGGUAACAGAUGAGGAUGCAUCGUUGUACUCCUCCACAAGCCAUGGGAACCCUGCUCAGAAGGCCAUAUGCACCAAUGCCACAAGAGAGAGUUAUGGAAAUGAGCUUUCACUGGUUUUGAGACCUAGCAGGAUCUCCUGGCCAGAACAAGGAAGAGAGCCCUGUGUACCAAACCUUGUGGACUCUGGGAAGAGAGAGAACCCUGAAGAUCAUAGUAGGUGUGAAGAACAAGUGAGACUAGGGCAGACAUCCUCCAUGAAGGAAAUAAAAUCCUGGGAAGAACAGGAACAGUGGGAUGUGGAAGAUAUGAGGGUUACGGGGGUGCACUGGGGCUAUGAGGAAACAAAGACUUUCCUUGCAAUCCUUGGUGAGGCUCCCUUUUCUGAAAAACUUCGGACUUGUCAUCAGAACCGCCCCAUCUACCGGGCCAUCUCUGAACGAUUGAGAGAGCGGGGUUUCCUGCGAACCCUGGAGCAAUGCCGAUACAGGAUCAAAAACCUUUUAAGAAAUUAUAGGAAAGCUAAGAGCAGUCACCCCCCUGGCACUUGCCCUUUCUAUGAGGAGUUGGACACUCUGGUGAAGGCUCGGGCUGCUGUCAGAGCCACAGACGUCUCAGAGAAGGCUUCAGGUCUCCCCAGGUUGGGGGAUAGUGAUGCUGAGACAGAAGAGCAAGAAGAAAGGAACUGGGAACAUGAAGCAGCUACAGAGGCCACAAGAGCUGAAGAUUGUAAUGGGGAUGAGAUGGUCACUGAAGAACCAAUCCAGGCACCCAAGAUGCCUAGGGGCUCAACCUUUUUCCAAAGUCGUGUUGCAGGUGUGCACUGGAGCUAUGAAGAAACCAAGACUUUCCUUGCUAUUCUUGGUGAAUCUCCUUUCUCCAAAAAACUUCAGACCUGUCACCAGAACAGCCAAGUGUAUCGUGCCAUUGCCGAGCGGCUACGCCAGCAAGGUUUCCUCCGGACACUAGAACAGUGUCGCUACAGGUUCAAAAACCUCCUACGAAGUUACCGGAAAGCAAAAAGCAGUCAGCCCCCGGGGGUUUGCCCCUUUUAUGAAGAGCUGGACACUCUCAUGCGUGCGCGAGCAGUUCUCAGAAGUGCCUGCCUCCCAGAAAGGCCAGGGAGGAGGGAUGCCGAAGAACAGGACCACAGGGCCUGGAGACAGCAGGAGGAGGAGGAAGAGGAGGAAGAGGAAGAGGAAGAGGAUGAGGAAGAGGAGGAAGCAGCUGAAGAAGAUGGGGGCAGUGAUGUGCCGACCGAGAAUCUUAAGGCCUUUGACACUGCAGCUUCAUUUAAAAGCUGCAUUGGUUUGGACAUGAAGUGUGAGAAUGAAGAACAGAAUUCAAAGCAUGAAGUUUCUAAGGAGCUGCAUAAGAGAUUAUCCAAACAUUUGGAAGAUGGUCACCAGCCUGUUUGGGGAAAAGACAGUGAGGAUGAAUAUGAAUCAUCAAGACACUGUGAAAGUCCCUUAGAGGAACAGUGGGAGAAAUGUGGUUCUGAAGAGGAUUUAGAAAAAUUAAUAGAUCAUCAGGGAUUAUACCUAGCAGAAAAACCCUACAAAUGCAAUACAUGUGUGAAAAGCUUUAGCCGGAGCUCUCAUUUUAUUGCACAUCAGCGGAUCCACACAGGUGAAAAACCCUACAAAUGCCUUGAAUGUGGGAAAAGCUUCAGUGACCGUUCUAACCUCAAUACUCACCAGAGAAUUCAUACUGGAGAGAAACCUUACAAAUGUCUUGAAUGUGGAAAAAGCUUUAGUGAUCAUUCAAACCUAGUCACCCAUCAGAGAAUCCAUACAGGAGAAAAGCCCUAUAAAUGUAGUGAGUGUUGGAAAAGCUUCAACCAGAGUUCCAACCUUAUUAAACAUCAGAGAAUCCACAUGGGAGGAAAUACUGACAGACAUAAUGAGCAUGGGGAAAGCUUUGCUAACAAUCCAUCUUUGAGGGCACACUUGAAGAACCAUACGGGGGAGAAGAUUUCUGAACAGCUUGAAGGAGAAAACAAUUUCAAUACGAGCUUAACUUGUCCCGGGCCCCAGAGAGCUGACUCUGGAGAAAAACCCUUUGAAUGUCAUGAAUGUGGAAGAAGCUUCAGUAAGAGCUCAGCCCUUACUAGUCACCAAAGAAUCCAUACAGGGGAGAAACCUUAUGAAUGUACAGAAUGUGGGAAAAGUUUCAGUAAGAGCUCAACCCUUACUAACCAUCAAAGAGUCCACACAGGUGAAAAACCAUAUAAAUGUGUUGAUUGUGGGAAAUGCUUCAGUGAACGUUCAAAGCUCAUCACUCAUCAGAGAGUUCACACGGGAGAGAAACCCUAUAAAUGUCUGGAGUGCGGGAAAAACUUUCGUGACCGUUCCAACCUCAUUACUCACCACAGAAUUCAUACAGGAGAGAAACCAUAUAGGUGUGGUGAAUGUGGGAAAUGUUUCAACCAGAGCUCAAGCCUUAUUAUACACCAGAGAAUCCAUACUGGAGAGAAACCCUACAAGUGUACUGAGUGUGGAAAAGACUUCAACAACAGUUCACACUUCAGUGCCCACCGGAGAACACACACUGGACGUAAAGUUAUAUAGGAAAGAAAGAAUAAACAUUUAUUUUAAUUUUCUGGCAUCAUAUGAUAUACUUGCUAGAAAAUUACUUUUUUAAGCUUUAGGGUCAGUUCAUCCCAGGGAAAUAAUACUGGUCUAAAGCCAAGCAGCUUGGAUGUAAAUUUUAGAACUCUAAUAUUAAAACACAUUUCACAAAAAGAAUUUGCUUUUGUGUUGGCAAAAAAAAUCCCCACAAACAUGUUCCUUAGGCCAGCCUCACCUUGGCUAAUGAAAAACGUUGGAACUAAGCAAGUAAUAUUCAAAGUCCCAACAUGAAUUAUUGGUCUAAUACAGACAAGCCAUUAGCAUGGGAACUUUCUCACUCAUUUCAGGAAUCAUGUAUGGAAUUAAAGCAAUAAAAAAGCAUUACCACAUUAUCACAGAUUUCUGAUUUUUAGCAAAUCUGAAACACUUAAUAGAAAACAUUUCAGCCUUGUAUUACAACCUUAUAAGGCAAAUAGAGAUGUUUUCCCUUUUAUUUAUAAAUGGGAAAAUAAAUGAUUAAAAUAAGAAGUCUUAAAUGUAGCUCAGAUAUUGUUAACAUUCAUAGAGGAGAAAAACUUGUUAAAAUUGAUGAAAACAUAGCUUUUAGUCUGGUGGGAAACUAGGCUUCGUAGGGAGAUAAGUUUGGAACUCCUUUUUGUGCUUGGUGCUAUGCUAGCAAACCCCAGGCUUAUGCAUUAUGGGGAGGCUCAGGGGUCAUGUUUUUUUUAAACUGGUGGUGGUGGUGUUCCAUAAAUUCAGAGUAUGGGGGAAAUGCUGAUGGUGAUAUUACCUCAUAUUCUCCAUGCCAACCUGUUUUGGAAUUCCACCCAGGAAUAAAAAUAAUGCCUAAUUAUUUUGAUUAUCUUAAUAAAGUAGAAUUUAGUCCUUGUCAUUCUGUCUUAAAAUAAUUAUUAAGACACAGAUGAGCACUUGGUGGAGAACCACAUUGAUAUGUUGUGUUCAGAUGGAUUUCUCCACUCCCAUUCUUCAGCCUUGCUAAGAGAACUGUUUCUUUAGUACUGAUUGAAAUCUGGUGGAAUCUUUGUGGUCUGAUCUGUGUUGGAAAUGAAGAAACUUGUUUAUGUCAUGGAAAAUCUGGAGGACCAUCAUCCAAAGUUUAGUAUGACUCAAUUGCCUUCCAAAAUAACUGCUGAUGGAACAGAUAGGGCAGAAGAAGCAGGUCACUUAUCAGACUAGUUUGGAACCUCAAGUGUAUAUUAAAAGGAUUGUGAAAUAACAGUCAUUUUUCUUUCUUGGUUCCCAAGCAAUGCCAUUCUGAGCCAAUUUCUAAUUCUUCUGGGGUCUCAAGGAAGGUUGGUUGUUUGGGGACCUUCACACAGGUACUGUCCCUGGAACAUGGACACUGAGAUGAUAUUGCAGAUUAAUAUUGUCUUAGCUUUCAGUACAUGCUGGAGAGCUCUGACAAGUUGAGAUGUUUAUAGACACCACUAUGUCCUCACCCAAGUAGCUCUUCACACGGGAUAGUCUAGGGGGUCCCAAGAGAACUGGUGCUAGGAACUCAACUCCUAAAAAUCUAGAGCUCCAUUGCCAGUUUUUGGAAAACAACUGACAUGUCUUUAAAAUAUUUCUUAAAUUCAGUUGUUUGUUUGUUUUUUUUGCAGGGCAAUGAGGGUUAAGUGACU